AUGCAUCAGGCCCCGCCGGUCGAUCACCAUGCAUUCAAGAUGGAGUCCGUGAGUGGAGUCGCAAGUGAGGGACCGACGGCAUAUUUUAUUCUCAAGGUCCCGUCGUCUGGUGUCGCGGUUUUGCUCACAGCGAUCGCGCUACUUCUCCCUAUACUGCUUCGGAUACACAAGAAGUAUAGGAAGAUGCAGGAAGACAGCAAAACACCGUUUCCAUUCCUGGAGCUACCGCAAGAGUUAAGGGACAUGGUCUACGAGCACCUCCUCGAGGAACAUCCAGCCUACCCACCUCCACCAACAUGCCCAAAGCACGCUUCAGCAAUGGACUGGAUGCUCCCCGGGCACUGGUCGUCCACAAGCCCACAGCCCAAACCCAGUAACUGGAUCAUGCUCACCAACAAGCAAAUCCACGAAGAAUACAUGAAGCUCCUCUGCCAACGCGCAACCUUCCGCCUCACCGUCUCGCCUCAAAACUACCAGAACCCCUGCGCCACCCCAACAUCCACGCAUCCCUCGGACAAGAAAAUCUGGCACAUAGCGCCUUCAACACUCCAGCAGAUCCGCUCCUGCGAUCUCAGCCUCAUCGCAACAUCAAGCAUGCUCGGCGUCACAGAUCCGCGCAACAUGACAUCGUCGGACUGGACUCUCGCCGCCCAAAUCCGGCGCGAACUCUCCUUCCUCACCAACGUCUCCAACUUCACUCUCGACGCCAAAGCUAUCGCAGACCCACUCUGGAACCCGCUGUGGAUCUGGUACCACAUACAUCACUUCGCCGCAGUCGGGCAGCGUGUCGGCAGGGCCGAGAUUGAAUCGCAUCACGUUCAGUUUGGAUACGUGGAGUCCGGGGGAGAAUUUUCUGAUGAGGGAUGA